CGCGCGUCCCCACACGGUUCAGGUCUGUCCUCAGUGUCUCCUUGUCCAGGGUCUCAAUCCGGGCAACCAUCUGCUGCUUGAACUCCUGCAGCUCUGUGGCAUAGCAAUUGGUCUGCUCGUACCACACCGAGAUAUGGUCCUGGUGGGAGAGGUGAGGUGAGAAGAAGACAGUUAGAGCAAGUAGUCCUGGGGGCAUAUGGGUGCUGUCCCUAUUUCACAGGAUUAAUUAACACCCUGUUCUCUGGGGCCACUGCCACAGUCAUCACCAAUGGUAUGGCUUCUAAAGAACCAAUGGUAUGGCUUCAGGCUCCACAGGGGGACGAGGCAGGGAUGUUUCUCUCCCUUGCUGUUCAUUCUGGGCCUAGAACCUUUGGCCAUCGCAUUAAAGGAGAACAGAGACAUUAAAGAUGGAAUCUGCAGUUUGGUGAAACAGUGCCACUGUCUACCCCACAGCCUGUGUUUUGCUUUGUUGACAAAGCUAGGAGGGUGUGCAGAAAAGUCAGGAUUAUAGUUGUAUUCAAGAGCCGCUGGUGUGGCUAGGAACUAGGAAAAGACAGCUACCAACACCACAGAGAGGGAAGACCAGUGGACAUAACACACUGUGUGACAGCGUUGAAGUGAUAUGCAGCAAUGUUUUUCAAUUAAAAAAUAUUCCAAGUCCACAGUAUACUGAAUUAUCACCUGAUAUAUUAUUUCAGGUGGAUGUAUCACAUGGGAUUGUGUGAAACUUACUCCUCAGCCGGACAUGUCCCCACUUGCGCCAGCUAAUAUCUAGCUUUUCGAGUGGUGCUGGUAAGAUGCUUCCAGAGGGUGGUCACAUGUGCUAGCAAAGCAUAGGUCCCGAGUUCGUGCCAGGUAUAGGCCAAAUCGGGGGAAAUGGUAUUUGCUAAGCAAGCAGUGUGACCUCCUUUGCACAGACAGCUGCAGGAUGAUUAAGGAGUCUCACUAAAACAACAUUAAUACUCAUUGUGUAUUUAGUUUUCAAUUAUUUUUCCAUUUUCUCUCUGCAUUGUUGGGAAGGGCCCAUAAGCAUUUCAUUGUUAGUCUACACAUGUUGUUUACGAAGCAUGUGACAAAUAACCUUUUAUUUUAUUUGAUCAACCUGAAUUGGCAAGUGUUUUACCCUUUUUUUUUAAUGACUCACUGGCUGGAAAUGAACCGAGAAGUUUCUCUGAGUAGUUACAGUCUCUCAAUAAGCAACUUGUUUGGGAGGUAUUAUUCAUGCAGUCAGAGCACAGAGAGGGAGAAGCCAACUAUUUUCCAUCUGAGAAAGCAAGAGGGAGAAUGGGAUGUGGGUACAAGAUAUUUGGCAGUGAAGCAGUGGAGUUGUGUUAUUGCACAUCAACACCUUGAAGUGAGCCAGCUGUUCAGUCUUUUGCAGAGAAAUUGUCCAAAUAACUCCAUGUAUAAGGCUUAUACCACAUUAGGGAUGAAUAUAGGUUACUUUAGGUUGGGAGGCGCUUUUUCUUUUGUUAUUAUUCGUUUUCUAUGUUUUGUAGAGACUGAAAUCCAUUGAAACAUAUGGUUGAUGACUCGUAUCACACUAAAAUGCAAUGUUUAGGCAAGUUAAAGCAAAAUAGUGUUUGCACAGUUGUCACUAUGUAUUAGAAGUUGUCACUCUUGACUAGAAGUUGUCACUCUUGAUUAAAAACUAGUUGUUCACUCCUGUUAGUAUUUUAUUUAGUUUAAUGUGUUUCAAAGUAAACUCUUAAGCAUUGAUGGGAAGCAAAUGCUGGUGCAACGCUGAGAGUGGAGGAAAACCUUUUUGCCAAAUAGAAGAUCCUUUCUCCCCUCAUAUUUUUAUUGGAACAGUAACCUUCUCUUACAUAACCAACCUUCAACUAGCUCAGGCUGAACCUUUUGUCAUUGGUUCCCUUUCCUUUUUCUCUAACAUAGUAUUAUAUACCUAUAGUAUUAUAGAACUAUAGUAUUAUAUAAUUAGUUUCACUCUGUUCUACAACUGUUCAUAUGAUGAUUUACAUUUCUGACAGAGACCAUUGUCCAUUGUUCAUGUUCACACACUACUAUCAGUCAAAAGGAGAAGUGGUUGGUUAAAUCAAGCUGUCAUUCCAUGUAUGGUUUUCACAGCCUUUCACAUCAAGUUCUCAUCAAGUUCACAUUACAGUAAGUUUUAUCUAUAAUAUGACUCAUCUGAUGAGACGUCUGAUUUAUUCAUGUGCACGAUCAUAUAGGGUCUGGCAAGUCCCAUUUUGAUUUCCACAUGCAAGCAUUUUCGCAUAAUGUACAGCAGAGGGUGGUACGGGCGGCCCAAUACAUCACUGGGGCCGACCUCCCUGCCAUCCAGGACCUCUAUAUCAGGUGAUGUCAGAGGAAGGCCUGUUCACUCUGCUACCGUCCGGAAAACGGUACCGGAGCAUCGGCUCUCUCACCAACAGGCUCCGAGACAGCUUCUACCCCCAAGACUGCUAAAUAGCCAUAAGACUGCUAAAUAGUUAAUUAAAUGGUUACACGAACUAUCUUGCACUGACUAUGCACACUCCCAAGACUAUAUACACACUCACACUACACUGACACUCUCACACACAACCCACCCCCACGCACACACACACUUUCACACUCAUUAUUUGCUGCUGCUACUCUGUUCUUAAUUUUACUCUUAUUAUUAUCUAUUCUGAUGCCAGGUCCUUUAACCCUGCCUUUAUGUACAUAUCUACCUCAAAUACCUCAUACCCCUGCACAUUGAUCUGGUACUGGUACUUCCUGUAUAUAGCUUCAUUCUUGUGAAUUUUAUUUUUAUUUUUAUUAUUAUUUUUAACUCUGCAUCGUUGGGAAGGGCUCGUAAGAAAUCAUUUCCCUGUAAAGUCCACACCGGUUGUAUUCGGCGCAUGUGACAAAUGCAAUUUGAUAACAGUGUUUGCUGUUUUCACACCUUUCACACAAGAGACUAUGAGUAAUACGAGUGGCGCAGUGGUCUAAGGCACUGCAUCUCAGUGCUAGAGGCAUCACUACAGAUCCUGGUUUGAUUCCAGGCUGUAUCACAACCGGCAUUGAUUGGGAGUCCCAUAGGGCAGCGCAUAAUUGGCCCAGCGUCGUCCGGGUUUGGCCGGGGUAGGCCGUCAUUAUAAAUAAGAAUUUGUUCUUAAUUGACUUGCCUAGUUUAUUUAAAAUAAAUAUAUAUAUAAAGUUGAUUUUCAAUGUCAUGUCUCAGUUCAAUUUAAUGAUUGAAAUUACAAAUGUAGGUUUUUUAAUAUGUACAAAAUCAUAAUUAAAGUAUGCCUACUGUCACAAUGGCGUGUAUAAGUGGCAGAGGAAGUCAGGCGCAGGAGAGUCAAAUAGAGUGUAGAAUGGAGUACUUUAAUUAAAGUCCUAGUAAUCUGCUCCAUAACACUCACGGAAAAAAUAUAAAACAAAUCUGGGUACGAAGACCCGUCGCACACCUAUACACAAUUAACACAACACAUGACAACGAACAAUCUCUGACAAACACAUGAAGGGAAACAGAGGGUUAAAUACACAACAGGUAAUGAAUGGGAUUGACAACAGGUGUGUGGGAAGACAAGACAAAACCAAUGGAAAAUGAAAAAUGGAUCGAUGAUGACUAGAAGACCGGUGAAGUCGACCGCCGAACACCGCCCGGACAAGGAGAGGCAACGACUUCGGCAGAAGUCGUGACACCUACAUCAAUCCCUUGAAUACCAUAAACGUCCUGUCCCUGUCAAAUGCUUUUAUUGUUUGAUCUGCAACUAUAAUUCAGUCCUUGGUUGUUUUUUUUAUUAUUUUCGUUCAAUGCCAUUGCCCAGAUUGUACAUGUACUUUUUCUCUUGAUAUGUUUUUAUGUUUCUUCUUGCUUAACUUUUUGCCUGCAUGUAAGGAAGUAUCUUAAAUAUUUCUAUUUGAAAACUGAUAUGCAAAUAGAGUAUAUUGUAAAAGAUUAUCAUCAGAAAUAGUAGUAAUUUGUAUCAGAAUUUUGUGCAAGAAUAUGCCAAAUAGAAAACAUACAGAUCAUGCUAGAGAUCACAGAAGAAAACCUGACAGUUUGUCUGUGGUUUUUAAGAAUGUGACGCAGGAUAGUAUGUCUAGAAGUAAUGAGCUUGCCAGCCAGACACACAGAGCGCAAGCAGCUGAGACACUUCUCUCUGACCACAGAAUGGAAAUGUAUGAUAACGACAACUACUUCUACAGCGAUGACAAUGACACUGACCUGCUGUACAAUUACAGCUACAAUCCAACCAACCUUGGGGAGCACUCCAACUCCAGUCUUCCCCAUUCUCACAUCUACCUGCCACUGCUUUAUUUCUUCAUGUUUUUCACAGGCUUCCUGGGAAACCUCUUUGUGAUCAUGAUCAUGGGCAGCAGGGGGAAGAGGGGUGGGCGUCUAGUGGAUACAUUUGUGGUUAAUCUGGCGCUGGCGGACCUGGUGUUUGUCCUCACCCUCCCACUGUGGGCCGUCUCCUCCAGUCAGGAGGGACACUGGCCUUUUGGGAACCUCCUCUGCAAACUCAGCAGCUACAUCAUCUCCGUCAACCGCUUCUCCAACAUCUUCUUCCUGACCUGUAUGAGCGUGGACCGUUACCUGGCCGUGGUGCGCCUCAUGGACUCCCGCUUCUUGCGCAGCAGCCAGUGUGUGCGUUUCACCUGCGCCGUUGUCUGGCUGCUAUCCCUGGCUCUGGGUACCCCCUCCCUGGUGUACCGUAGCGUACGUACCUCCAACGGUGAACCCUUCUGUCUGGAGGACGAAGAGUCGUCCUUCUUCCAGGGUCUGAGCCUGACCACGGUUUUCCUGACCUUCGCCCUGCCAGUGUUCAUCAUCCUCCUCUGCUACAGCUCCCUCCUGGCCCGCCUGCGCCGACACUGUGUUGCCACGGGCAACCCCCAUGCGGAAGCCCGUCGCCGCCACUCUCUCAAAAUGGUCUUCACCAUCAUCGUGGCCUUCGUGGUGUCUUGGCUUCCCUUCAACAUCUUCAAGACCCUCCUAAUUGGUUUCAGGCUGUCUGGGGCCGAUCUGAGCAAUGAGACCCAGUCUGUCCUGAGUCAGGGCCUCACUCUCUCCUGCUGCUUGGCCUUCCUCAACAGCUGCGUGAACCCGGCCAUCUACCUGCUCCUGGACCACCACUUCAGACGGCAGGCGGAAAGCCUGUUUCUGAGCUGCGUGCGGAAGCGUGGGCUGCACCAGGGCUAUGCCUCGUCCACCGACUUCUCCUACAACGGCACCUCAGAGAGCUGUGGCACAACAGCCUCCAGAACUAAUUUCCAAUCGUUCGACCAGAAAGUCUGAUAGCAGGGCUCUGCACAUUUUAUAGCAUUUCUGUAGUCCAAAGCCCUAAAGGUUGAAGUGAAUAAUUUUGUAUUAUGAUUUUAGGUGUUACUGUAUGUAAUUCUAAAAUUCAGUGAAAGCAUCCACUGUAAUAUAUUUUAUGUAUAAUAGUUAUUUCAUUAUCAUUAAUAGUUUGAAUUGAUGUUUGCAUUCAUAUUACUUAUUUAUUUUGCUUUCUUUUUUUAACUGAACAACCAUAUUUUGAAUAUGAUUAAUUCACCAGUAGCCUGUUAAUUAUGAUUGUUAACAUUUGUAAAUUCAUAGUAAUAUUAAAUAGCAAUUUGUUAACAGUAA